UGUUACGUGAGGCGCGCCGUGACGUGCUCGGAGUUCCAGGAAGUGAGCCGCCAUUUUGUAGAAGACAGAGCCCGCUGCAGACUCAUCCUACUCGUACUGCUUUGGAAAACAUUCUAAGAAAAAAUGACUGUCUGUGCUGCGAACGGCUGUAAGAAUCGCCUGUCAAAAGGAUGCGGCAAGCAUUUUUUUAGAUUUCCAAUUAAAAAUCCUGAAUAUCUUGCCAAAUGGCUUGCUGUCCUUCGCCGUGACAAGUGGAAACCAUCAAUAUACAGCAGGCUAUGUAGCGACCACUUCACAGAAAAUGAUUACAUGUUGCGACCGGGGGCCUCAUUUCCUUAUCUGCGCCUGGAUGCUGUGCCUUCCAUUAUUGAUGGGGUCUGUAUAAAAAAAGAACCAGUGAAGAAGCUUCCAAAACCAAUAGAGAUUAGCCCAUCUACCUCAGUCUUGCCUAAUAAGCCACCAUGUGGCACACCUGCACCAGAGGUGGGCACGGCUGAGCACUCCUAUUCUGUUAUUUCAUAUAAGGAUGUGGCCGAAACUCCAAAAGUGGAUCCUGUUCUGGUUAAUUUAAGGAGGAAGAAGAACACAUUGCAGAAACAAGUUUUAAGGCAGAGGAACAGCAUAACCAACCUGAAGAAGCUGAUUGUGCAGCAGCGAAACAACAUACAAGGAAAUGAUCCUGUGCAACUAAUGUCAAAGUACUUCAAAGGAUUAACAUUGGAUAUGUUCAGACAUUUAGUUCAAAAUGGAAAGAAUAACAAAGGAGUACAAUUCUCCAAGGAGAUCAAGGGAUUUGCUGUCACUCUAUAUUACUAUUCCCCAGUAGCUUACGAAAUUUGCCAACCAGUUCUUUCUUUACCUGAUUUGGGGACUUUGAGAGAAUGGAUGCCUUCAGUAGUGGACAUGUCUCAUUCUGGGGUAGUCAUUCAGACAGAGGAAGCCAGCUAAAUGGAUUGGAAUGUCCUAGUAAUAGAGGAUUAAGGGAGCCAUCGGCAGGUUUUCUUUUUUUUUGUUCUUACCUGUACUAAAAAUUAGAUGGCUAAAUUGGAUUGGUUCCUGAGAGUAACACUUCUUUUUAUACAUGCGUCGCAAGAAAAAGCACAUAAGAUAUCGGAUUGUUUUUCUUUAGUCAAUAAAUGUGUUCUGGAAAAAUAUAGCUG